CUUUGGCUGCUUCCGCUAUUGCUCAAUUUGAAUGGACCGUUGACGUCGUAAGAGAAUUAAUUCAUUUAAGACGUGAUAAUCAUGACGAUUUUGAAUUCAUUUCAAACAAUUAUCAUGAAAAUAUAUGGAGAACCAUAUCCAAUCGAUUGUUUAUUAAUAGAGG